AUAUAAAUGACACCCACCGCCUUCCUUCAACCUAUUCUGUCUUCCUGGAGGUCGAAAUCUUGGAAUCUGGGAAGAAGAGGAGGAGGAGUUUGGAGCUACGAUCGAUCGGUCAUGGCGGCGUAUAGGACGAUGGAGGUGACGAUGAUAUCCGCCAAUGAUCUCAAUGACGUCAACAUCUUCUCCAAGAUGGACGUGUACGCCGUCGUCUCCAUCGCUGGCGAGCCUCGAUCCUCGCAGCGCACCCCGACAGACAAGAAUUGCGGCAAGAACCCCUCCUGGAACGUCACCCUCCGUUUCUCCGUCCCCGCCGAUCCUGACGCCGCCGCCCGCCUAGUCCUCCACGUCCUCCUCCGAUCCGAGCGCGCCCUCGGCGACCGCGACGUCGGUGAGGUCCACGUCCCCCUCAAGGAGCUCCAGCCCCCUUCCUCGUCGUCUGCCCCGCAGUUCGUGAGCUAUCAGGUCCGUAAACCCUCCUCCGGCAAGCCUAAGGGCGUCCUCAAUCUCUCCUUCAGGUUCCUCGAUUCCCCCGCCGCCGACCACGCGGCCGCGGCGCCGACCGUCGCGUACCCGCCUGCAGGCUUUCCCGCCCCGGGAGCUGAAUCCAAGCCCGCCGAUUCCGUCACGGCGUACCCUCCGCCGGGAAAUGACUCAAAAGUCGGGGAGCCCGUCACGGCCUACCCCUACCUGGGGACCAGCAACUCCACGCUUCCUCCGCCAGCUAAAGACUCGAAGACCGGGGAGCCUGCAACCGCCUACCCACCACCGGGCCCAUCUGGUCCCUACCCGCCACCGGGGGGCUACCCUCCCUACCCCCCGCCCCAGCAGUAUGGAUACGCGCCUCCUCCGGCCGGAUACGGGUACCCACCGCCGCAGUACGGCUACGCGCCUCCUCCGGGGGGUUACGGAUACCCACCCCCGCCGGCCGGGUACGGGUACAGCGCGGUACCCCCGGCGAAGCCGCCGAAGAAGAACAAGUUCGGGGCAGGGCUGGGCGCGGGGCUCCUGGGCGGCGCCCUCGGCGGCCUCCUCAUCGGGGAUAUGGUGUCGGACGCGGCGGCGUACGACUCGGGAUACGAUGCGGGCUUCGACGACGGCGGCGGUUUCGACUUCUAAGCCUUCUUCUCUGAGCGUCGAUAGAUAUGGCAUCGCGUUCUACGUCUGAUGCUCGUCUUCGGGUUGCUUUUGGUGAUAGUUUGAAUGUUCUCGUUAAUAAAGGGGCGCGGCGGACCAACUUAGUGUCGUGGUGGAUCGGUCCAUCUUUCUCUUGUAUAAUACUUGAUUGCUACUAUUUCUGGCCUCGAUCGAUUUGAUUGAUUCA